AUUUUUAUAAUUACAAGUGAUAAUGCUUCAAAUAAUGAUACCUUUAUGGAGCCUUUAGAAAAUAUUUGUCAAAAUAAAAAUAUUUUAUUGUAUGCUGUUGGUUCUUAUUAUCAUUAUAAUGCUCAUAUUAUGAAUAUAGUAGUACAAGAUAUAUUAAAACAAAUUAAAGCAGAUGAAGCUCAAACUGAAGAUUUAUAUUAG